AAAGAAGACGAAGGUCCACAAGGCCUGGAUUCCAGUUAUGUGGGCCACCAGGAUGGUGGAGCAGGCCAGGCUGGACGGCAGGAUAAGGAGUGACGUCAUCGAGAACAACAUCAUCAACGAGAUAGACACCGUCCGAGAGAAGUGCGGCGCCAUAUUGGGCUGGAACGACCAUAACAUCCCUUUGGUCUACACACAGGUGGUGACCAUCGCCGUCUACUCGUUCUUCGGCUCCUCCCUCCUGGGCGAGCAGUACCUCGAUCCCACGAAGGACCUGAAGGGUCACGAGAUCGACCUGUACAUUCCGAUGUUCGCCCUCCUGCAGCUCUUCUUCUACAUCGGGUGGGUCAAGGUGGCUGAGGCUCUGCUGAAUCCCUUCGGGGAUGAUGACCACGACUUCGAGUUCAUCCCUCUGCUGGAAAGGCACAGGGAGAUGUCCUACAUGCUCUGUGGCGCGGAUGACUCCCCUCCUUCCAUACGAGAGUCGGACCGCAACGGCCAGCCCAAAAAGGAGGACCAGGCAUCCCAAUUUGUGGUGGUUCCUAACGCUGCUACUGCCGGGGCAUCAGAUGCCCUGGAGCAGGUCGACAGCAGCGCCUGACCUGAUCAACAAGGUCAACAAGAAGCCUGCGAGAAGUAGGAAGUGGUUCGGGACCUGGAUAAGCCACCAAGAAGUAACAAGAUGUCGAGCUUACUCCAGUUGACAAGAGACACUCGAAGAGAGAAACACUUUGCUGGGAGAUCAUUCCCAAAAUGAAAUGUGCGACAGAGCAGUGGCAGAGUUGAAUGAAAUGGUGAUCAAUUACAGAUUACCGUAAAAAAAAAAGAAAAAAAAAAGGCCUU